UUUAUCAAUACUUUAUUCCUUAACCCUCCCUUCCCUUUCCUUUCUAAUUUCCUUCGAGAUAUUCUCGAUCUUCUUGCUCUUCCCUUUCUUCUUCUUCCCCAAAACAGAGCCUCUGAUCUCUUAAAAAAAAAAAAAUGACAAACUACGGCACAAUCCCUACUUCAUCAUCGCCAGGACCCUCGGCGAAUCUCGAAUACCUAUCUCGAGCCAAAGAACGUAUCAAAGAAGGGCUUGCAGCUCGACGUCCAUGGAAACUCAUGUUCAACAUCCGCUCUGUCAACUUCCCUGGAAACCUCUCGGAAGCUAUUUCCAGGGUUAGAACUAACUUAGCUUACUUCCGCAUGAACUACACCAUAAUCGUGCUUUUUAUCCUUUUCCUUAGCCUUCUAUGGCACCCAAUCUCCCUCAUAGUCUUCGUAGUCAUGAUGGCCGCUUGGUUGUUCUUGUACUUCCUACGCGAUGAACCCUUGGUUUUUUUCAACCGUACGAUCAACGAUCGUGUGGUGCUGAUCGUGCUGGGGGUUUUGACCAUUGUGUUCCUGCUGUUGACUCACGCCACGCUUAAUAUUUUGGUGUCCCUUUUGAUUGGUGCGGCUGUCGUUUUGGUUCACGCUUCGUUGAGGAAGACUGAUGAUUUAUACGAUGAAGAAUCUGCUGCCUUGAUGACUGAACCUUCAUCUUCUUCAUAGUUCUGGGUUUCUUUUUCUUUUUCUUUUCGUUCAUUUUUUGUGGGGUUUAAACUUUAAAUUGAGUUAUUAUUGGUAUUAUAGUAUGAUCUCAAAUUUUUUUGUUUCUAAGUGCUCUUUAAUUUAACAUUGUUUAAGUGUCAAAAAAUGCUUUUUUGGAUCCGUUGAGUCAUAAUUGAAUGGAAGUUUGCACUUGGUAGUUUUGAAUGGUUGAUGAAAAGUGUUGCUCAGAUCAUCUGAUCUUUUUCCGACAAAUUGUCUCUUUUUUUUCUUCUUUGGUAAUUGAGAAUUUUGUUACUUUCAUUACCUGCUAGGCUGCUAUAAAAGCUAGCCAUUGUUUUCAGUGAACAGUUUAUGAUAUUUGGCUGAUCAGUAAACUGUAUAUUGAAACAGUAUGGUUAUGGUUCUUGAGGGUUGAUUUGAAUUUUUACUUUUUUUUUGGGGUUAUACUUUGGUUUUUUCACUUUCAGUUUCAUUCGGAUUUCUAUUUUGGCUUGAAUGGUCUUUUUUAAGGAGUUAAUUUUGAGGAAAUGAAUUUAGGCAGAGUAUUGUACACGGUGUUGUGGCCAUGGUUUUACUAAACCAAGAUUCAAUAUUAAAUAAUUGAAGAGGAAAAAGGGUUCAAUUUCAUUGACAUUGCUUUAUAGCGAAAGGUAAAGGCACAUGGAUAUGGUGCAGUAGUCACUAUUCAAGAGGGAGGGACACUUCUUGUAAAGCAAGAUUGAAGGCUUUUGGCAUGUGAUUUAAAGCCAUAUAUAAGAGGCAAAUCUUCAUUUGUCAACAAAUAGUUUGUCAUUAAAAGUUUGUGAAGAUCCAUGAUUUGAAAAACCCAAAUUUGUUUUUUAACCAAUGUUUGAAAGAUCCCCAAUACAUAAGGAAACGAGGUUAGAUUCACAAACAAGAGAAUCCUAUGGCUAGCAACAAGCUGGCCACCAUGAUCUUUGCACCAUAUUGGUAAGGGCAAUAAUGGUUAGGUUUGGCAAUAGAUCGGGUUGGGAUGUAUUUUUGUUCGUUUCGAAUUCGAUUCAAUUUUAUAAUCAUAAAACUCGAAUUU